AUGGCCGGUCCGUGGUUGGGCGAUAACUCGGCGGCGAGGUGCGGACCGGUGUCGGCUCCGGGCCGGGUAUUAAUAGCGUCGCUGCGGGCCGCCGCGGCGGUGGCCGUCGGCGCCGUGUCGUCCCGCGAGGGCCGACGGCCAACUCACAUUCCCGGGGACGGCCUCACGUAUUCCGACCGGCCGGCUGUCCCCGGGGACGGCCUCACUAUCCCGACCGGCCAGCUGUCCCGGGGACGGCCUCACGUAUCCCGACCGGCCAGCUGUCCCCGGGGACGGCCUCACGUAUUCCGACCGGCCGGCUGUCCCGGGGACAGGCCGGGAAGUGACCACGACCUGAUCGCUGCGUCAGUCGCUGACGUGAAGAGCCGACAUCAGCCGAGGACCGUCACCUUUAGGUCGACCCGCCACCUGAGCCAGGACGCCCUGUGUCUGGACCUGCUGCAGGCCGACUGGACCCCCGUUUACCAGGCGGAGACGGUGGCAGCCAAGUGGGACGCCUGGAGGUCAGCCUGGACGCCGCUGAUUGAUCGACACAUGCCCGUCCGUCAGAUCAGGACUCGCCACCAACCGCAGCCGUGGCUUCACGAUGAGGACGUUGCAGCUGCGAUGGAGGCGAGAGACGCGGCACGCCUGGACAAGGAGAGGACGCCGUGUGAGGAGACAGAGCGCGAGUUUCGAAUCAAACGCAACGCAGUGAAGGCUUCUCAGCGCCGCGCCUGCUCUCAGUAUUUUCUCUCCUCAUACAGACAAUCCAGGUCCACCACCUGGAAGGAUAUUCGACGAUUCCUCGUCUCCUCCAGCAAGCCCCAGCCGAAUUCUCACAGCCCAGUAGACCAUCAGCCCGGCUGGCUGGACCGGCUGAACCGGUACUUUGCGGACGUGGGGUCGACAGUCGCAGAGGAGCUGGCAGCUGCGGACACCGGAGAGAUACUCAGGCCACGCCCGCCACGAGUCAUCAGCGGCGCCUUCAGCCCCCGGCCGGCGACUCUCCCGGAGCUGUCCGCGGCACUCCAGCGCAUGAGCCCAUCCAAAGCUUGCGGAGAUGACGGCAUCACCAUCGCCAUGCUACGGAUGACCUUCCCCGUGAUCGGCCCGCACAUCCUUCACGUCAUCAACAGCAGCAUCGCCCGGGCCGAGUUGCCACCGUCAUGGAGAGCUGCUUCCGUUGUCCCCAUACACAAGAGUGGCGAUAAGGACAAUCCCAGCAACUACAGACCUAUAUCAGUGUUGUCUGUGGUCGCUAAACUCUGUGAACGCGUCGUGUGCACCCAGCUGAUGGACUAUCUAACCGGUCAUCAUAUCCUCUGUGCGCAGCAGUACGGGUUCCGCCCCGGACAAUCCACGGAGGCGGCCCUGCUCGAUGCUGUCGGUCACAUCACCGAUAACAUCGACGGAGGGCGCGUGACUUCACUCGUCACCGCUGACACCUCCAAGGCGUUUGACAGCGUCGAGCAUGGUCGCCUCUUGGAGAAGCUGGGGUGGUACGGUAUUGAUGACCGGUGGUUCCGUGCAUGGCUUUCCGACCGCACGCAGUCAGGUCUGAUGAUGCUCGUCUAA